GCUUUAAGUUCAGAAUAAUCAUAACCAGUUCAGGGCUUGCAAGGUCACCGCAAAAGUGAGCAUUGAACUUUGCACUCCAGCUGAGGGGAACAUAAACAACAGGACUAUAAAUACCAGAGGCUCUGCUGCAGCUUCACGGAGCUGCCCCAGCCAAGCAGAGAGAAAGGAAGCAGGCCAGGGAAGGCGAUUGUGAUACAACCCCAACAAUGUGGAGAAGCCUGGGGCUUGCCCUGGCUCUCUGUCUCCUUCCUUGGGGAGGAACAGAGAGCCAGGGUCAAAGCUCUGUGUGUGAGCCACCGCCACCAUGGAGAAUAGCAGAGGAGGAUCCCAUGCUGAACUCCUUUGGUUCAGUGACCGUGGUUGCUCUUCUCCAAGCCAGCUGAUACCUGUGCGUUCUGCAGGCAUCCAGAUUGGAAGACCUGCGAAUAAAACUGGAAAAAGAAGGAUAUUCUAAUAUUUCCUAUAUUGUCGUUAAUCACCAAGGAAUUGAUUCUCAAUUAAAAUACAUACACCUUAAAAAUAAGGUUUCUCACCAUAUUCCUGUCUACCAACAAGAAGAAAGUCAAACAGAUGUCUGGACUCUUUUAAAAGGAACCAAAGACGACUUCCUCAUCUAUGACAGAUGUGGCCGCCUUGUAUAUCAUCUUGGUUUGCCUUACUCCUUUUUAACUUUCCCAUAUGUGGAAGAAGCUAUUAAGAUUGCUUACUGUGAAGAAAGAUGUGGAAACUGCUCGCUCACGGCUCCAGAAGACGAAGUCUUCUGUAAGAAUGUAUCCUCGGCUCCCCAGGAAAGAGUAGUGGAUAUUCUGCUUCCGCAUCACUACCACCACCACAAGCACCACCACAAGCACCACCACAAGCAUGGGCACCAGCAUCUGGGCAGCAGCGAGCUGUCAGAGAAGCAGCAGGCGGGGGCCUCCAUCCCUCCGCAUCCCCUUCUCGCAGGCCCUCACCACCACCACCACCACAAGCACAAGGGCCAGCACAGGCAGGGUCACCAGGAGAGCUGAGAUAUGCCCGAGAGUGAAAGUCCACAGCUUUCACUUGCACAGAAGAAGCUCUGACGAAGGGGAUGCAUAAAUCAGCUACAGUGUAAGAUGCUCACCAAGUCUGAGCAAGCUACAGGUAGCUGUUGCUGUCACUGUCGACAUCUGAUAUUUGAAAACACGGGAUCUGCAGUCACCUGACAGUGUAGAGAAAACCUGCCCGCUCUGUGUAGCUGACAGGGGCGUCUGGCGGAGGAGAACGUCAUUGAGUCCUGUCAGUGACGGAUGCCUCCCGCUGCCUGACAGCCCGGUCAGCAGCAGCAGCUCAAGCCCACCAGCAGCACCCACUGAAACUGAAAAAAUCUGGCAAAAAAGUGAAAAUGACCUUCAAACUAAAUAUUUAAACCAAGCUACCCGAGUACCCCCUUAAAGUCAGUGUCGAAACAAUUCUAUUUCCAGGAUUUUUAUAAGCGACUUAAUUAGUGAGCCAAAAAGAAAAAGAAAAAAAAAAAAGAAAAAGAAUUGGACUUGUGCAAACAUGGAGAAUUCUAAUAGAUUGGCUUCCAAAUAUUAAAUUAUACAUCAUAGAAAUUUUGAACCAAAAAUAUCCCUUUCAUUAUGGGGCAACUGAAUGGUGACUGCAGUCUCUGGUUAAUACGUCUUUCUUUUUCUUUUUCCAACGUUCUACUUGCAUUCAUGAGAACAGAAACGUAAACUAUGACCUAGGGGUUUCUGUUGGAUAAUUAGCAAUUUAGAAUGGAGAAAGAACAACAAAGACGUGUUUUCCAUUUUUCUUUACAUAACUCUCACAAAAUAUUACCUUUAUAAUCUUAAAAUUUUAACUGAUUACGUUUUUAAAGAAAGUAGAUUGUGUUUUUAACAUCCAGAAACACCUAACAUGUGAAUAUAUCCUACUAAAAAAGCAAGCAUUUAAGACUACAUUGAAAACAUACAUUUAUCUUUUGAUAUCUAACUCAUAAUUCUAUUUUUACUUUCAUAUAUAAGUAAAGCCUUUGUAUCUUACCUUUAUCUAGCAUUCUAUCACACUCUUCUGGAUUUUUAGUGGUUAUCUUGAAAGAUGUAAGGAGAAAGAAAAGAAUGCUGUUAGCUUUGGACUGCUCAGAUAGUAUUUCCAUGUCAAUGAUGGUUUAACAGGUAAACUAAACCCUGUGAACCUGAACUUCUUUAUGGAAAAUACUAUUAAGAAAGAAUGUAGGUUACAGUUGGUUGACAUAUGGAUUUGUUUAAAAAGCUCAAUAAAACAUUUAAAGUUG